CUGUAGUAUAUAUAACUUGCACUACAUAUUUGUGUUGCAGCUGCAAGUUGUGUUACGUUUGAGUUCUUACUAUAGAAGAAGAAGAAGAAGGAAAAGAUCUUUUCAGAUAUUAACCCGCAGGGUUAGUAACCCACGAUAACCCAAAAUAGUCUAUUAAUGUAAACUAUUUACAUUGAGGUUGUUCUGAUCCUGUUCACAAUGCGACCUACAGCAGUCUUCUAACACCCAGGAAUGAAGUCAUGUGGGAGAACCUCUCAUUCAUAUAUGAGGAGGGAGACGAGGCAGCAUUGACACUGGGGCUGGUUUGAUGUUCAUAGGAGAGCCAGAUGCUGGAGCCACGAGAACAAGACUGUUAAGGCAGGGUUGUGAGGUUUCCUCAAGCUACACCUAGCAGUGGAACGAGAGGCUCCACCCAGACUACACCUAGGCUUCACCUAGCCAUACCUAGCAGAACGAGGUGCUGAGACGGGGUACAAGGCUUCACCCAGCCACACCUAGCGGUGGAACUAGAAAAUCCACCUGCACACACAUAUACUACUAUGAUCACCUGAUGUAACUCAUGAGCUCAGGUCAAGAGGGAAACACUGAAGAUCAUAAAAAGGUACAUCAUUUGCCUUCAGACAGGUCAAACUGUUGCCAUUAUUCAAACAUGCUAACACAACACGAGCUCUUGAAUGCUACGGAUGGGUUUGGAGAUGAAGACAGCAGCAUGUCUGUCGUCUCCCCGCUGGACGGGCUGGCAGAGUACCCUAUGGAGCAGGCAGAAUUUGAGUAUUUUGAGACCAGUCUGCCUAAUGAUUCCUUUUAUGAUGUGCCACACCCUCAGGAACUCCACCAGACACUGCCACCACCUCCAGCAGGGACUCCUACUUCAGCAUUUACCACCCCCGUGUAUGACCCAAGCAGCUAUGACUCCACUAUUAUUUAUGAUCAGGAUGACAUGGCUCCAUUUACAUCCCAAGUUGCAGCCUUCAACGAUGAUCUUAAGUCCCCACAAGAGAUUACUCCCUAUGAGGAGGAGAUCAACACUGGUGAAGAUGAGCUGAAAUUUAGUGAAGACAUGGGUUAUGAUGGAUUCUCCGGGAGUCUAUAUGAGAGCAACAUAGGCGCUGCUGACACUCAAACUGAUACUCUGGGAUUCGACAGCCUGUGUAGUGCCUUUGACAACAAUCCUCAUGUUUCUGUGAUGGAUGAGUCUACCCCCAACAUGACCUGGGAGGAAGGUUCUGGUAAAGGAAAGAUUGGCCCACUACAGAGACGAGCCCUGGAUUCCAUCUUCAGUGUGACAGACAAGCCAUCGCGGGGGUUAGUGCUGCACAUCGCCUCCGAGCUGGGGCUGCAUCACCUCACUGUCAAGAACUUCUUUUCCAAUGGCCGCAGGCGGCUACGGCGAGCAGCAGCAAGACUAAAUGAUCCAGAACGAAGUAGACGAGAAAAUGAGCGCAGGAAGGAGAAGCGCCGUUUAGCAGCCCUCUCUUCUACACUGUCAGUGGGGGAAGGCAAGAUGGCAUCUGUCGUCACUAGCAGCUCAAGAGUUACAUCACCCCAAAUGCCUCCUGCUGACUCUCCUCUGCCCAAAGAAACCCCAGUUGUCUCCCCAGAAAGGCGAGCUCUGAUGGAGAAACUGGCAGACAAGGUGCAGAGAAGUGUCGCACAGCGUUCUCUGGCUGCUGAUUUGGACUUGCUCCGUUCCAGCUCUUCACAAACACUUCUGGCUCACAACUCACAUGUUUUCCUCUCACAUUCCUCACAUGACCUCCUGACACAACCUUCAAAUGACAUCCUCUCACAGGCAUCUCAUGACAUCCUAACGCAAUCCACCCAUGAUCUACUGACACCCUCACCUCACAAUUUCUUAACCCAACCUCCACAGAAGCUCUGCACAGAUCACACUUCAACUCCUCCAUCACUACUACAGUCACACACUGAUCCCUGGAACUUAUUCUGAUCUCUGCAGUUCUACCUCGCCAAACUGCCCAUGAUAACCAAAAACCGUAUCUUUAAGUGUCCAAUUUUGGCAACAACUUUUACCCAUGGACAAGUUUCUAUAACUACUCCAAAACACUAACUUGCUACCACCUCAACAACAGUCUCCAAACAAUGCGUACUUUCAACUUCUCAAAGAACUUUCAUACUGAGAUGUUAUAGCAUUCUCAUUCACUAACAGCAACAACCUGCUUUGUCUGCUCACUUUCCCCACAACCCUUUUCCCUUCCUUGGACCAUCGCACAUGAAUUGUGUUACUCCAGUCCUUUCGCAUGUCAUCUGCCAUUUAAUAUAACUGUUCCAAAUUAUAACAUGAAUUCUCAUCAGUUUUCUGUACCCUGCACUGUGCCUCCCACACACUACAUCCUUGCCAGGUACAAAAACCCCUAAAACAUUUACAGAAUCAUUUCUGUGUUGAUUCCAAGUGCCCCAAUACAGAAGCUUUUCUGACUCAGAUAAAUACAUAUUCUAACUUAACGAUUUACAGAUUUAUGUUACUACACGUUCCUAAUGUAUUGACUACUCUCAUUCAGGUUAAAUACACACUUUUAUAAAUCAGUGGGUAUACCCAUUCAAAUUCAGACAUGCACCCCGCCUUCCCCGACUCAAUGAGUCUGAUGACUUCUCAUUCAGGUUACUAUAAACAUUCAUGAGCUAGUGGGUAUACCUAUUCAACUUCAUACAUGCGCCCCCCAGAUCAAUGAAUCUGGCUACUCAGGUGAACACAUGCCCUGACUCUGUGGUUUUACAGAUUCAGGUGAAAACACAUGCCUUAAGAUAAUGGGUGCUGACUCGGGUAACUCACAAGCCUCCAAGGAAGUGGGUCCGUAGCGACUCAAGUGAUAUCACAUAACUAGUCAAAUAAAGUACACUAAGAAUUAUUUAUGGGUAGAAUCAGAAAGAGGAAAAAUCAGUGUGUUUUGGCAACUACACAGAUGUGGUUUAAUCAGUCAGGGAGGACUUAGUCUUCUAAAAUGCUAUUUUAUUAUUAUUAUUAUUAUUAUUAUUAUUAUUAUUAUUAUUAUUAUUAUUAUUAUUAUUAUUAUUAUAGUAUUAGUAUAAUUUUAAUAAGUAUUGUUAUUGUUAUUAAUUAAAUCUGACUGUAAUUAACUCUACAAUGAGAAUAAAAUUUUAAAUAUAUAUUUGAUAUCUAUCAUAUAAAUUCAAGUUAAUGUAUAUUUUGCUUAUAUACAUGCCCAGAUACUGAGGCAUGGGAAAGGCAGUACACCCUCAAUAUAAUGGACUAGUAAUAGGGGGAUUGUCCAAGUGCCCAUUAAAUCAGAAUGUUAGAAAAAAAAAAAACUCUAAGUACUCUACUGUAUACAGAUACCUAAAACAGUACUGUACAUACAAUUUACAGUUAUAUUGCAAUAAAUAUUGAAAAUAAAGGAGUUAAAAAUAAAAUUUACCUAGUGAAUUUUGACCAUUAUUUUAAAAGUCCAGUAAAUGGAGGUCUAUUAUAUCGAGGGCUUCCUGUAAUAAAUAUCAUUGACUAUAUCAAGAUUACAUAUUUAAAACCCUAGUCUAAAAAGAUCAGGUCAGAAUAGUAAAGCUUUAUUAUUACAUUCAUGAGGGGAGUUCUAAGCCUGUAAGAGUCAUAUAGUGCCUGGGAAAAUGGGAAGCAACCAGGUUCAAUCCAAGGAAUAUAAGGAUAGGUUCAAUUCCUUGAAUUAAAUGCACCUAAACAGUAUCAAGGCAACAUCUAGUGAGUGUUGUUACUAACAAUAAUCAAGCUGUUAAUUGCAUAGAUGAAUACACAGUAUUAUUGUUAUAUUCUUGGUGUUAAAUCCACAUGGAUCAUGACAGGUGAGAGAGAUGGUAGAGGAAGAGAGAGAGGUGCUAAUAGGAUAUUUGCAAAAAUAAAAUGAAAGGCAGGCAAACAGCUGAUGUAGCAAAUCAGUAUCAUUUAAGAAAUCAGAUAAAGAAUCUGCAUGAAAGAGGGAAGGAACCAUAAGAGAAAGGAGGGAUGAUAAAGUAUAUAGGGCACUGAAGAGUCUGAAAUAAAUUUUGGAACACUGGACAUUGAAUAGCUCACUCAUUUGGUGCAGAGGAUGAAUGUCCAAGACCUGUCUGGUUGUGUUACCCUUGAAUAGUUGUAUCCAAGUUAAGUGAGCAGAGUGAGUUGAGGUCAUUUAUAAAAAUUUCAGCUUCAUUAAAGAAGUAGCAGUGCAACUCUGUGAAGAGGAAGUAAUACUACAAAGUAUCUAGGAUUAACUCUUAACAACAUGCAAUCUUGAGAAUCUCUUACGUACAUUUCACUAAACUAUGCUGUACAAACUUUUGUUAGUUGUAUAGUGAUACUGUCUACUACAUAUAUUCUAUACCCUCA